CGGCCGCCUCCGCUGCGGCCGGAAACAAUAGUGGAGGAGCCCGAGCCGUGCGGAACGGCUGCUGUGGCGCGCGGAGCCGACGGGGCACUAUGAACGAAGAGGAGCAGUUUGUAAACAUUGAUUUGAAUGAUGACAACAUUUGCAGUGUUUGUAAACUGGGAACAGACAAAGAAACACUCUCCUUCUGCCACGUUUGUUUUGAGCUAAAUAUUGAGGGAGUACCAAAAUCUAAUCUCUUGCACACCAGAUCAUUAAGGGGCCAUAAAGACUGCUUUGAAAAAUACCAUUUGAUUGCAAACCAGGAUUGUCCCCGAUCUAAACUUUCAAAAAGUACUUACGAAGAAGUUAAAACUCUUUUGAGUAAGAAGAUAAACUGGAUUGUACAGUAUGCACAAAAUAAGGAUCUGGAUUCAGAUUCUGAAUGUUCUAAAAAUACCCAGCAUCACCUGUUAAAUUGCAGGCAUAAGCCAGAUAAAAACUUACUCCCACAGUUUGACUCUCAAGUACCAAAGUAUUCUGCAAAGUGGAUAGAUGCAAGCGCAGGCGGCCUCUCAAACUGUUCACAAAGAAUAUUGGAGCAGCGGGAAAAUACAGACUUUGAGCUUGCGGUGUUGCAAGAUUCAGGUGCCACUUUAUGCCACAGUAGUGUAUUGUGGCCUCAUAGUCACAACCAGGCACAGAAAAAAGAAGAAAUAAUCUCUGAUCCAGAUGCUAACGUCCAGGCCCAGCAUCCACAUUACAGCAGAGAGGAAUUGAAUUCGAUGACUCUUGGUGAGGUAAAGCAACUGAAUGCAAAGCUCCGACAGGAAAUACAGGAAGUUUUUGAAGAGUUAACACACCAAGUGCAAGAAAAAGAUUCUUUGGCCUCAGAGCUCCACGUCCGCCACGUUGCCAUCGAACAGCUCCUCAAGAACUAUUCCAAGUUACCAUGUCUGCAAGUGGGGCGAACAGGAACAAAGUCACACCUACCCAUAAACAACUAAACCAGACUUAACAUUUCCUUCCUUGGCCCUCCUGCCCCUACCAUGUACUGGUCUGCCAGGCAUGAUAACUUUAAAGAAGUUGAAGAAAGUUAUUGGUCCCAUUUUUUUAUGGUCCUUAAAUUUGCAAAGCUGAAGGCAGUAUUUAACAUCUUUGUCAAAUAAAGCAGAUCGUUACAC